AUCCCUCCUCCACACCAUUCCAACCUCAACUCUCAAGGAAAACCAACAACACAAUCCCAGACGAAAAACCAAGCACACAACUGCACAGAAAUAAAAAACAUCGAAAUGGCCACCGAGGAAGAAGCAGUAGUACCCACCAACCAACGAAGCUCGUGGACGAGUUUCUUGAAAUCUAUCGCAACCUUUUCUGGGGAUCUGAGCUCAUUAACCGCUCCCUCGUUCAUACUCAGUCCUACAAGUUUAUGUGAAUUUCCAUCAUAUUGGGGAGAGCCACAUCGAGAAUUUGCGGCUAUUUCGACCGGAAAGAAUCCUGAGGAACGUAUGGUCUUGACGCUCCGUUGGUUUAUCUCGACUUUGAAAGGUCAAUUUACUAGACGAGAGACUCAGACUGGAACAGAAAAGAAACCAUUAAACCCGAUCCUCGGAGAACUCUUCCUAGGCAGUUGGAAUUCCGGCCCCUCUACUGAUGAAAACAGUACUGGAGAACUAAGAUUAUGGACGGAGCAGGUCUCUCAUCAUCCACCCGUGUCAGCUUAUUGCUUGAUAAAUGCCAAAGCAGGGGUUUCUUAUCAAGGCCACUGUGGUCAAAAGACUUCGUUUAGUGGGAAAAGUGUCAUUGUCAAACAAGUCGGACAUGGACUUCUUAGAAUCAAAUUACCCGAUAACACUAUUGAAUCUUAUCUGAUCACUCUACCCAAGCUGCGUAUCGAAGGUCUAUGGAUGGCUAGUCCCUACAUUGAGUUGACUGAAAAUUCUCACAUUCAGUCCUCGUCUGGGUACCAUACUGUCUUGGAAUUCAAAGGAAAAGGUUAUUUUUCGGGGAAGGCGCAUUCAUUUACGGCGAAGAUAUACAGUCAGCCGAAGAUCACAUCCGGGGUAAGCCCGGUUUAUGAGAUCGAAGGACAAUGGCAUGGGUUGUCGAAGUUUGUCAAACAAGUGCCUAAAUGGUGGCAAGGAUCAGGAGAGAAAUUCUUGGAUCAGACGGAAGAGAAACUUGACGAGAUCACCGUCCAAGAUAUCUCUAAACAAGGCCCACUCGAAAGUCGACGGGUUUGGAAAGAUGUGGCGGAUGGGAUUCGCAGUGGGGAUUUCGAAGCUGCCAGUUCGGCUAAAUCAAGGCUAGAGAAUGAACAAAGAGCUAAAAGGAAGGAAGAGUUGGCCAAUGGAACUCCAUGGCAAAUGUCACAUUUCGAUCGGGUAGAUUCGGAUGAAGAAUAUGCCCGAUUGGCCGAAAUGUGCGGCCAUUCUCCCCCCACUGAAGAAGCUUAUUAUUUCAAGUUCGAAAACGAGUACAUCCAAGAAACUCUUUCGAAGCAACAACAACAAGAAUGAUGAUUAUAACGGGCUUAUUCUUCAAGAGAGCUGAGGACGGGCAGGAUUCGGUUUAUUUUCUCUCCAUUUAUCAUUUAUCAUAAAUCAUCCAAAUAAAAUCUAAAACACAUAAAAACAACAGAAAAAAGCGAAAAAUCAAAUAUCUGAAUAUCAUUUAUACAAGAACAACCAUUAAUUAAUACUAAUCUUCAGUGAUUGCGGGCCGAAACAACGAAGUUGAUUAGUCCUUUUUCCUUUUUUUUCAUGUUCACCUUCUGAUCAGUCUCUCUUGAAUGAUUAUAUGCGAGUGUAUAUAUCUUGGUUGUUUGUGUAUGAACAUAAUUUCCGAAAGAAUAAAAGAAGAAGAAGAAACAGGUUUUUAG